CACAUUAAAAUUUUUUAGCAAGAUUGAGCUCACAGAUGCAUGGACCGUGUGGGAGAAAUUCACAUGUUCACGUGAGCAGUUGAGUCGUCUAGGAGCAUGUCUCACUCGGAGACUUUGAAAGCAGCUUACGUGUUUCUCAAACAUAAAGGAAAAGGUGCCGACAAGACAGGCUUAAAAAAAUGGAAGAAACGGUGGGUGUAUUUACGAAAAGACACGAUGUCGGGUUAUAUUCGUAUUGAUCAUUACGACAACGAAGAGCGUGCUAUGAAAGGGAAAGGCUGCCAAACGUUUAGUCUGAAGGAGGCGUUGGCAGUCGACGAUCUCUUUUCCAAAUCGCAAAAGUAUGCAUUUGAAAUUGCAUUCUCCAAUCAUUCGUUAGCGUGCGGAGUUUCCUCAGACGCAGAGCUGCGAGACUGGCAAUCUCGAUUAACAAUUUCACUCUUCUCAAACGUUUAUUUGCAUCCGACAGGAGAGGAAAUGAAAGCAGCAGAACCGACAGGUACAGUAUCGCGCGCAGUAUCUCGAGUUCUAACAGAAAAUGAAAUUGAGAUAAUGAACAAUGAACAUGGUAUGUAUGCUUGCCGUUUUUCAGAGCCAUUUGCUGUCACGAUAUCGCAAACAGACUCGUCUGCAUUGGCAGGACUUCAUGGCGACUACUUGCUCGAUAUCACCAGUGAUGACGAGCUCGUGUUGAUGAAUACGACCAGUGGACAGAUACAAGUAGAAUGGAAAUUAAGUCACAUCAGAAGUUUUGUUCUCCUGCCUGUCAAAGACAAAGGCAGCGUUCUAGUAAUGGAAUCAGGAAGACGUUCAUCAACUGGUGUAGGAACGUUUCAGUUUUUUACGUCUCAAGGAGAGACGCUGUAUGCCUAUAUACAUGCCAGAUCGUUUCGUCCUUUACAAUCAUCUGACGUUCCCAUAAAGCCAGUUGGACCCGACAUCGUCCCAUCAGUUCCACCUCGUCGAGCUCCUGUUAUUGCAACGAGACAACUUUCAUCUGAAAACCAACAUCUCGACAAUGAACACCAAGACAGCGUCUCAGCCUGGGGACCAAUUGCAAGUUCAACUCAUUUGCAGCAAAACCCAGACGAACUUCACUUACUCUCACUCACAACUGAUCAACAAGAGUCAGUAUCUCUUCCUACUCAGCAGCAAUCUUCAAGCGGUACCAGUGCGGAUGACAACAGUGAAGUAUACUAUGACAGUCCUCACGAGCUUGUUCCACGUAUCACAUUACAACCACCAGUCGCAGUCUCUCCAUUUGCAACAAAGGAUCUCGACAAAUACACAACAAUGAAAGGUAACGUACACGGUUACUUCAAUAGUGAUAGUGAUGAAGAGAGUGAGGAGGAGAAUUAUGAAACAAGCACUGACCGCCAUGUUGAUAGGAAAUUGAUCAGUCACUCACUUGAAGAAAGUGAAUCCUUGGACUAUGACACAUACGAGCCAAUCAAUCCACGAAUGAAGUAGCAAUAGAGUCUUACACA